CCUUCCUUUCCUGCGCAUGCGCAGCUGGCCCCCAUCCUGGACAGAAACAGCAGAGGAGAGAGGAGAGUCUCCCCCCUUGGAAGCCUGAUCGGGACUUUCUGUUGCCGGCCGUCUUCCAUCCAGAGCCAUGUCCGCCCCACUUGCGCUGAAGCCCCCAUCUCCGCCCGGCCCGUAGUGAUGUGCGGGGCCUUCUCCUCCUUGUCUCUCCGUCCGCCAUGAGCCAGGAGCGGGUGACGCUGGAGCGCAACGCGGUGGCCUGGCUCUCGUGCGCGGGCCUCUCGGUGUUGGCCAAUACCUGGGGCAUCCUGAGCGUGACGGCCAAGCAGAAGAAGUGGAAGCCGCUGGAGUUCCUGCUGUGUGCGCUGGCCGGCACCCACGCCCUCAACGCGGCCGUCCCGGUGGCCAUGUACGCCGUGGUGCAGCUGCGCCGCCUGCGCUCAGGCUACCAGUGGAACGAGGGGCUCUGCAAGGUCUUCGUCUCCACCUUCUACACCCUCACCCUCGCCACCUGCUUCUCCGUCACCUCCCUCGCCUACCACCGCAUGUGGAUGGUGCGCUGGCCUGUCAACUACAGGCUGAGCAACGCCAAGAAGCAGGCCAUGCACACGGUGAUGGGCAUCUGGAUGGUGUCCUUCAUCCUGUCCACGCUGCCGGCGGUGGGCUGGCACGACACGGCGGAGCGCUUCUACGCCCUGGCCGAGUGCCGCUUCCUGGUGGCCGAGAUCGGCCUGGGCUUCGGGGUCUGCUUCCUGCUGCUGGUGGGGGGCGGCCUGGCCGUGGGGGCCGCCUGCGCCGCCCUGGCCCUGGCCCGCACCUGCGCCCUGCAGCGCUCGGGGCGGCCCAGCGGGGACGUGGUGCCCGCCAUCGUGGUGCAGGACGCCCAGGGCAAGCGCCGCUCCUCCCUCGAGGGCUCCGAGCCCCUCCGCACCUCCCUCCAGGUCACCUACCUGGUCGCCGGCAUCGUCUGCCUCUACGACUUCCUCAUGGGCUUCCCCGUCCUGGUGGUGAGCGUGGCCAGCCUGCGCUCGGACGUGUCUCACGAGUGGAUGGUGCUGUGCGUCCUGUGGUGCUCGGUGGCCCAGUCCCUCCUCCUCCCGCUCUUCCUCUGGGCCUGCGACCGCUACCGGGCCGACGUCCGGUCCGUCUGGGAGAAGUGCCUGGCCGUCAUGGCCAACGACGAGAGCGGAGAAGGCAGCAGCCUGGACGGGACCGUCCGCGCCGACCUCCUGUCCGAGCGUCCGUACGACUGCAGCUUCGCCGGGGACGCCUUGACCCUGGAGCACAUCGCCAAGUAUGACCUGUCUGCCCUGGAGAGGGGCCUCCCCCAGACCUACGGCCCCAAGCCCCCCACCGAGGACAGGAUGCAGUACCUGCAGGUCCCUCCAACGCGGCGCUUCUCCCACGACGACGAGACGGACGUCUGGACCACAGGCCAGAUCUCGGCGUACCUGCAGCGCUGGGGCGCGGCCGGGCCGGAGAUGAUGGCCGGCUUGGCGCAGCUGCUUCUCCCGUUGCCGUCGCAGGGUGUUGCCGACUUCCGCCGGGGUAGCUUGCUCUCCUUCCAGGAGGACGGGGGCCGUUCGCACCGCAAGCGGCACCGCCGGCGCUCGGCCGAGAGCACCCUCUCGUUGCGGCUUUUCGACUUCCCCGAGGAGGAGAGCUUCCCGGACGACGACAACGGCGGAAAGCCCCCAUUGCGGUCGGCCUCGGUCUCGCUGCUGGACGCCUUCCCGUUGACCUGCUUCGAGCGGGAGCCUCUCUCCGGACAGCACUGCCUCCGGGCGCCGGAACGGAUCCGGAUCGAGCUGUGCGAGGACGAACCCGGCGGCGGACCCGGCUCCGAUUCGGACGCUUUCCCGGCGGGGCUCGGACCCUCGCGGUGCCAAAACGGGAGCAAAGGCAGUACCAGCAGUUUCCUGAGCUCGCCGUCUUCCGGAUACGUGACGUUCCACUCCGAUUCGAGCGGCUCGGCUUCGUAACUCCGAAAACUUGGUUUCGUUCCGUUACGGGCGCCGGAGCACCAAAGAGAUUGUCCGCGAUGUGCUUCCAGUGUGAAAGGAAAUGUGCCUCUGAGCACGUGGUUGUUUUCAGGUUCGGGAUCUCGUCCCGGUUGCAUGCGUGCCUCUGUCGUCCUCGGAUGAUCUAGGGACGGAAUAGGGUGGGAUUGUGGUUUAUUAUAGGGAUGGUUUGGGGGUUAUUCGGGGUCAAUUUGCGCAUGUUUUGGCCCCGGUUCGUGUCUUCCUCCCGUUCUCAGCCAAAAAAAGGGGCCCUCUGAGCAUGCGCAGAAUCCCGUCCGACGUUUACUAUCAACCAAUACAAAACAAGGAACGUCUUUUGGAGUUCGUUCUGUGCCGUUCGCGCUCCCGUACUCCAAUUCCCAUCAUCCUUGUACUGCUACACCGUUUUCGGGGAGCACUGUCCCUUGGACUACAACGCCUAUCCUCCACUGCUAAGGCGCAACGCCCAUCCUUGUACCCAUACUCUGAUUCCCAUCAUCCUUGUACUGCUUCACCGUUUUCGGGGAGCACUGUCCCUUGGACUACAAUGCCUAUCAUCCACUGCUAAGGCGCAACGCCCAUCCCCGUACUCCGAUUCCCAUCAUCCUUGUACCGCAACGCCCAUCAUCCAGGACCAGGCCUGGCGGGUAGCAAUGGGCAGCCCCAUGGCAUUCGGAGCUGCAGAACCUGCACUGCAUGAGUCCCCCCGGACUACAACAACCAUCUUCCAUCACGAGGCCCAAACGGAUGGGAUUUGGAGUCUUUUUCUGAGCCCUUCGCACACCAAAGGACGUUCCGUUUUGCCCUAGGCAUCCUUUGUCGAUGCUUUGUCCUUGGAUUACAGUGCCCUGCAGGAGCCCUCGGACUACAACACCCAUCUUCCAUCGCAAGGCCCAAACGGAUGGGAUUUGGAGU